AUGGUGUAUAAUCUUCGGCAAAACCACGGUCCCUCAUACGCCGAUCGUUGUGAGGAAAUAGAAAACUUUGGUGAUAAUUCCUCGGAGUCCGAGGAAGAUAUUCAAUCGGAGGAAUCACAUAACAGUGACUAUGAGGAAUCGACAAACUCCGAAAUCGAUGACGACGAACAAGAAAAUUCGACAAACAAUGGGUGCAUUCUACAAUCACGUGCUCGAGGUCGACCAACGGCCAUUUUGAGGGGGAAAAAUGGAUUCAAGUGGCAUACAAAAUGGGGAUCUCGGCAUUCACAUCGAAAUGCUGCUGCUGAGGUUAUCAUACCUGCGCCUCAGCGUGAAGCUUCCCAUAAACAUAAAAUUGAAGAGUUCUGGAAACUUCUUUUCAACGAUGAAAUGUUCAAAAUAAUCGUAGACUGUACGAAUGCCAAAAUUGAAGAAGUUUGCCUCACGAUGAUUUCCAACAGUCAACAGUUACAAACAUAUCAUCACCACACAGAUGUAACUGAAAUUUCGGCAUUCAUUGAGCUUCUGUAUUAUUCCGGGCAGUGGAAAUCUAAUAAUGUAGCCACUGAGCAUUUAUGGAACAAGAUAAACGGUACAACGUUCUUUCGCUGCGUUAUGUCUAGAGCACGAUUCACUUUCAUCGCAAAAUGUCUGCAUUUCGAUGUCAAAUCAUCUCGAGAACCGAUGGAUAGAUUAGCUCCGAUACGCAAACUUUGGGACUUAUUUAUUGGCAAUUGUAGUCGUUACUACAAGCCGAGUAAAUAUUGCACUGUCGACGAACAAUUACUGAGCUUCCGGGGAAAAUGUCGAUUCCGAAUGUUUAUAAAAUCCAAACCAGACAGAUAUGGGAUGAAAAUAAUCACGCUAAAUGAUGCCCGAACCUCAUAUCUGAUCUAUGGGAUUCCUUACCUUGGGAAGAUUGGAAACGGUCCGACUAAAAUAACCGAGGAUUUUUUUCGAGAAGUCACAAAACCAAUUCAUCAAACGAGACGAUCAGUCACGUGCGAUAAUUGGUUCACAUCCAUACCACUGUUGACAAAUAUGUUGGAACCACCGUACAGUAUGGAAAUCACCGGUACCAUUCGAAAAAAUAAAAGAGAAGUCCCAGUUGAAUUUUUAGUUGCCGACAAAAAACCACCGUCCGCAAAGUUUGCGUUCACAUCGGAUUUGACGCUACUAUCUUUUUCUCCGAAAAAAUAUAAGGUCGUCUUGCUGGCGUCCUCACAUUUACGAACAACUAACAUAACUGAUGGGAAGCCUGAUAUCGUGCUGCAUUAUAAUAUAACUAAAGGUGGAACAGAUACUUUCGACCAAUUAUGUCAUUCGUAUACGACAGCAAGAGGGAUGCGGAGAUGGCCACUCCGUUUUUUUUCGGGAUGCUAG